CGCUUCACUAAUAAAAACGUAAAUAUUUAUGUAUUACUACACGUUUAAAUGAAAUGCCACAGUAUAUUACGAAUUAAAUUAUAAUAUGGCUUUAAAUGGAUUUGUUGAGUUCUUUCAAAAGGGCAAAACUUUUAGGCCAAAAAAAAGAUUUGCGGCAGGAACAAUAAGAUAUUCUCUCUAUAAGCAAGCCCAGGCUAGUCUUCAAUCUGGAAUAAAUUUACGUCAGGUAGUGCGGUUACCUGCAGGGGAGAACAUGAACGACUGGCUGGCUGUGCAUGUUGUUGACUUCUUCAAUCGAAUCAACCUUAUUUAUGGAACUGUUUCCGAGUUUUGUGACGAAUCAACUUGUCCAACUAUGUCUGGAGGAUCACGCUAUGAGUAUUUGUGGGCAGAUGGAGAUAUCUAUAAAAAACCAAUUGCUCUUCCGGCUAAAAAGUAUAUUGAACACUUAAUGGACUGGAUUGAGAGCCAAAUUAACAAUGAAGCCUUAUUUCCCGUAUCCACUGAUGUUCCAUUUCCAAAAACAUUUGUUGCACUUUGUCGCAAAAUUUUAACGCGAUUAUUCCGUGUUUUUGUACACGUCUACAUUCACCAUUUUGAUAGACUCGUGAGCAUCGGCGCUGAGGCGCACGUCAACGCUUGUUAUAAACAUUUCUAUUAUUUCGUUAGAGAAUUCGAUAUGAUAUCAAGCAAGGAAUUGGAGCCAUUGCACGAAAUGACGUCCCGGAUUUGCAAAGACAAAGAGUGAAAAAAUAAUAGUAUUUGUGUAAAUUGAUUUUUAAUGUUUCGAAUACGGAAAUAUUUCUUAAGAGAUGCGACAUAAAAU